AUGGUCACGGACCUCCCCGGCAUCAUGCUCUUCUAUGAAGCCGUGUGGCUGCUCGCCGGGCCGCUGGAGACGUACCUCCAGGCGCUGCCACGGCGGCCGGACUGCCUCGUCGCCGACACGUGCAACCCGUGGACGGCCGACGUCGCGCGCCGGCUUGACAUCCCACGGUUUGUGUUCCAAGGCCCGUCGGCGUUCUUCCUCCUGGCGCAGCAUAGCCUGGCCAAGCACGGCGUGCACGACACCGACUGCGUUGCCGGUGACUUGGAGCAGUUCGAGGUGCCCGAUUUUCCGGUGCGCGCCGUCACGAGCAAGGCCACGUCGCUUGGAUUCUUCCAGUUUCCUGGGAUGGAGAAGGAAAGGCGUGACACGCUGGAAGCCGAGGCCACCGCCGACGGAUUCGUCUUCAACACCUGCGCGGCUUUCGAGAGCACGUACAUCAAGGGAUACGGUGCGGCGCUCCACCGGAAGGUGUGGGCGGUCGGGCCGCUCUGCCUUCUGGACUCCGACGCGGAGACGACGACCGGAAGAGGCAACCCCGCGGCCGUCGAUGCCGUCUCGGUCGCCACUUGGCUCGACGCGCGGCCGCAACAGUCCGUGCUCUACGUCAGCUUCGGCAGCAUGGCCCGCCUCUUGCCGUCGCAAGCCGCGGAGCUCGCCGCCGGCCUGGAGUCGUCGAAUCGCCCGUUCAUCUGGGUCACUAGGGAGACCUCGACGCGGGGUUCGAGGAGCGCGUGGAGGGCCGCGGCUUUUUCAUCCGUGGGUGGGCACCGCAGAUGA